AUGGUUUUUUUUUUGUGGAAUAUUUUCCCUUUAAUCCUUGCGUUAGGGAAAUUUCAUUAUUCUUAUGAGUGGAAUAAUAAUUUGAAUUGUACAACAAAUAAAUUUUUUCGCAGCUAUCCUAUUACAUAUACACCAGGUAAAAAAUAUAUAAAUGGAAAUAGAAUCGGAAGACAAUAUAAAAGAAUUUUAAAAUCAGGGAAUUCAAAUAUAUUUCAAGCAAAUGAGGAAUCGUUUCAUCAAGGAAAUGGAGGAGUAGACAAUUUAACAAAUUUCGCACAUCUGCAGAUGAAUUCUGGACCAUUGGAGACAGAAGAAGCACAAUAUGCGAAUCAAUUAUGCGAAUUAAACAGAAGAAUAACUCUCAAAUGGAUUGAAACUUAUGUAAGUAUGCUUAAAAAAUAUAUUAAUUUCCUAGUUGAAAAUAACAUGAACGUUGAGUGGAGUCGAGAAAUGUGGUUCGAAAGAUGGCAUACAUAUUUACGUACAAUAUUGGUUAAAAUAAAGAGGAUACUUGUUGAUGGUGUGUACAACAUGGAUAUGAAGGAAUACUAUUCAUAUUUACAUCUUCAUCAAAGUAAAAAUGAUUUUAGGGUCUUUUUAGAAAUAGUUAAGAGUGAAUGGAAAAGAAUAGCCGCACCACAGUAA